AUGGAGGAGAAUGGAGGACGGUGCAAAUAAUGAUGAUGCUGGUGACCCAGCAAAUACAGAAAAUUCCAUUUGUGCUGGGUGCCUAAAUGUUCUUGAUGAAGAUGAAGUUAUUCAGGCAUUAAACCAAGAGUGGCAUGUUGAGUGCUUUCGCUGUUCAGCAUGUGAUGCAGCACUCUCCAGUUGGUAUUUUGAGAAAGAUGGGCUGCUAUUUUGCAAGGAUGACUACUAUGCAAAAUAUGUGGAGUCAUGUCAGGAUUGUGGACAGGUGAUUACUGGACCUGUAAUGGUUGCUGGUGAUCACAAAUUUCACCCAGAAUGCUUUUGCUGUACAUCAUGUGGAAGUUUCAUUGGCGAUGGAGAGUCAUAUGCACUUGUGGAGCGCUCCAAGCUCUAUUGUGGUCAGUGCUACAAACGCCAGAUGCAACCUCUUACAAAGACUGUUGGUGGUAUGUCAAAUGCACGAAAACCGCAUUCGAUACGCCUGGUAGAGAUACCACCUUUGAAUGAUGGACAGCGAAGUAUUAAACUUAGUGCAGAAGGAGGUCGUGGUAUUCCAGUUGUUCAUUCUGAACCAUAUGGAUGCCGUGGAUUACGGAUCUCAGAGAUACUGAGUAUAGUUCAUGGCAAAGUUGGCAAGUUGGCUGUAUCACUUCUUGAGGCAGCCUUUAGAUUAUGCUGCCAUCUAUCACGUUAUAGGCUGGACAUGAGCAGUGAUUUGAUGUCCCUUCACAUUGGAGAUAGAAUAUUGGAAGUAAAUGGAACUCCAGUGAAGGACCAGCCAAUUGAAAAUAUAGAAAACCUGAUUCGUUAUUCAGACACUGUGCUCCAGCUGACAAUAGAACAUGACCCAGAUGCUUCUUGCCGACGCCGUCAAAGUGUAGCUGCCUCACCACCUUCUUCACGUCCUCCAGAUGGACGCCUUUACAGACGUAAAGAUGAGGGUUACAUGAGUGGAUCCAGAUCUCGUGCACUGCGGCGUAGCCGGGGGAGUGGUGGUAGCAGUAGCAAGGAACGAUCCUCAUCAAUGUCAAGACUGCUUGAAGGUUCACCACCGUCUGGCCGUGAAAGCUGUGAUCUGUCACGAACUCGAUCAUUUCGUGUGGAACCCAAAAGUCAGCGUAUUUUUCGUGCCUCUGACUUAGUGAAGGGUGAAUUAUUGGGGAAAGGAUUCUUUGGCCAAGUGUACAAAGUUACCCACCGUGCAACAAAUGAAGUCAUGGUACUGAAAGAAUUGUACAGAGUGGAUGAAGAUGCACAGAAGAAUUUUCUCAAAGAGGUGGCGGUACUUCGUAGUCUGCAUCAUCAUAAUGUGCUGCGCUUCAUUGGAGUAUUGUACAAAGACAAGCGUUUGCACCUGGUCACUGAGUUCAUCUCAGGGGGCACGCUAAGAGAGCUAUUGCAUGACAUAUCUGAACCAUUACCAUGGGAACAGAGAGCAUCAUUUGCAAAGGACAUUGCUGCUGGCAUGGCGUACUUGCAUUCCAUGAACAUCAUCCACCGUGACUUAAACUCUCACAACUGCCUUGUUAGAGAGGACAAAACGGUUGUUGUGGCUGAUUUUGGGCUAGCACGUAUAAUCUCCCAGAAUCCUGUGGGUGUGAGUGCUGCAGAUCGAAGGCGUUAUGGAAAACGAGGAACUGGUCCAGGAAGCAGACGCUGUGAAAGGAAAAAACGUUACACAGUUGUAGGAAACCCUUACUGGAUGGCACCAGAAAUGAUGAAGGGCAACAAAUAUGAUGAAAAAGUUGAUAUAUUUUCCUUUGGGAUUGUGCUAUGUGAGAUAAUUGGUAGAGUUCAUGCUGAUCCAGACUACUUGCCACGCUCAUCAGACUUUGGCCUGAAUCAAAAGGUGUUCCGUGAGAAGUUCUGCUGCAGUUGCCCUGAGCCUUUCUAUCGGGUAGCCUUCCUUUGCUGUGAUCUCAACCCAGAUAAAAGGCCUCCAUUUGAGGUUAUGGAGGUUUGGUUGGAAGGACUAGCAAUGCACCUUUCAGUAGAUAAACCACUGCCAAAGGAUCUAGAGUUCGAUAUAUUUAAUUAUACGGGUCGGAGUCCUAGCUCGUCUGAGUCAACAACACCGGAAGCACUGACCCCAUCAGCAAAUCAGCCUCCACUUCAACCCAUAGAGGAGGGCCGUUGCCAGAUACCGCUUCCAACACCAGUGCGCUCACCUUCACCUGUAGAGAGUACAGCAUUGUGAGGGGCAGUUCUACGUUAUUGCCUGAAUCCGAUACAGUAUUCUCACUCUGUGUUUGUCUAAGUGGUGCAUUUUUUCCCUGCCGUAA